AGGCCAGGGGGAUAUUAGGGACCCAGGCAUUGUACCAUCCCCCCUGCCAUGUGGGAACUGCGGUCAGCCUCCUUCUGGAGGGCAAUAUUUGCUGAAUUCUUUGCUACCCUCUUCUAUGUCUUCUUCGGGCUGGGGGCCUCACUGCGUUGGACCCCUGGACCCCUGCAUGUCUUACAGGUGGCUCUGGCCUUCGGCCUGGCCCUGGCUACGCUGGUGCAAGCUGUGGGCCACAUCAGUGGAGCUCAUGUCAAUCCUGCAGUCACUUUCGCCUUCCUUGUGGGCUCUCAGAUGUCCCUGCUCCGUGCCAUCUGCUAUAUGGUAGCCCAACUCCUGGGAGCCGUGGCUGGGGCCGCCGUGCUGUACAGUGUCACCCCACCUGCCGUCCGAGGAAACCUAGCACUUAACACGUUGCACCCUGGGGUGAGUGUGGGCCAGGCCACCAUAGUGGAGAUCUUCCUGACGCUCCAGUUCGUGCUCUGCAUCUUUGCCACAUACGACGAGAGGCGGAAUGGCCGCCUGGGCUCUGUGGCCUUGGCCGUCGGCUUCUCCCUCACCCUGGGGCACCUCUUUGGGAUGUAUUACACUGGUGCAGGCAUGAACCCUGCCCGUUCCUUUGCUCCUGCCAUUCUCACCAGGAACUUCACCAACCACUGGGUGUACUGGGUGGGCCCCAUCAUUGGAGGAGGCCUGGGCAGUCUCCUUUAUGACUUUCUCCUCUUCCCCCGGCUCAAGAGCGUUUCUGAGAGACUGUCUAUUCUCAAGGGUGCCAGGCCCAGUGAAUCCAAUGGACAACCAGAGGCCACAGCGGAACCUGUUGAACUGAAGACCCAAGCUCUGUAAAAGCUCCAGUGGGAUAGAGGGAGUAGGAAGCUUCUGGGUUUACAUGGAGGGGCUGAGCCAGCCCCUGGAUGAAGAGACUGUGGGGAGGGGCAUGUACUUCUUUAUUUUUAAAUUUACGUUUUGUUUUUUUUUUUUGGCCUUUUGCCGUGUGAAAUCUUUCAAGUUGCAUUCAUGAGCUGGUUGGUGCAAACUUCCCUUCCUCCCCCUCCCACCCUUCUUUGCUGAUGUGUGUGAAGAUUGUGAUUGUGCGUAUGAAUGUGUGAAUGUGGCUGUGUCUGAGUUUUGGGGCAUGGCAUGAGAGGUAGGGAAGUGAAAAGAGGCGUUACCCUAUACCUUCCCCUCCCAACCCAGUGUGGUAAGUUCAGGGCACCAAGACCUUGUUUCUGGCCUCUGCCCUGCUGCCAGUCAGGUGUAUGGCUCUGAGUUUCAGACAGGGCAGGGGAGCAGUAGUUACUCCUCAGAGGAGGCAAGGCAUUCCAAGGGUUGGGAGAAGCAGUUGGGUGUCAGGGAGGAAAUGGAGGCAUUAGCCCAGAUCAGGAUGCAAUUGUACCAAAAAGUUUUGGAGAAGUUAACAGGAGAGUGUAGCCUACUUAUCUCAGGGAUGCUUGCCCCAGGGACUUGGGUGGGGAAGUAGCUCUGAGAAAAAUGAACACUGGAGUUUGAACUGUUCUGUAAAUCCACAUCAACCUGUCUACAUUCACUGGCUGGGUUUUGUGUUCAUUCUGGCAGGAUGGAUCUCUUUGGAGACUCUGGGCCAUUAGCUCCCAACCUAAAUAAAGGGUGGGUGAGCCUAGAAUCUACAAAAAUUAAGUAGCUUAA